GCUCCGUCUCCGCUCCGGACGUUGCCGCGCAUCGGCGGGAAACCCUCUCCGGCUGACGGACUGGCUUUACCACUGUCGCGAUCGGAGUGAUGUUCGUUCACUUCUGAGCUGCAGAAAGCUUGCUGAAAUUCUUCAGGAGCGUGAUUUCGUCGUGAACUGAGCUAAUCAUGUUAGCGGCUGCUUCUUCUUCUUCAAUCAGAGCCAGUGCUCGUAAACUCUCUCGAUUGAUUACACAGAGGGAUUGUAUUAUUUGGUCUUGUUUUGGUACAAAUGAAUCAUGUCUGUCCACAUCGCCCGUGGCUUAUAUGUUUCUGGAGGUGCACGGUCAGGAAAUUCCAGUGGAGAGGAGGGGUUACAGGGCAGUGAGGCUUCAUCAAGAGCCACAUCUCUCUUCUGUGUCGAAAGAUCCUGCACUAGUGCAGAGAUUAAAUAGUUUUGCUCCUUGUGGUGCCGCUGUGAAAUGGCUUCAGGCGAGACAAAUGAGCAUUGCAUCGAUCGCCCUCAAAGCUGACGACGAUGUCGUCAGGUUUUCUAUUGGUAAACCCCCUGAUGGACGCGGCUCCUCAAGAAAAGAGAAGAAGAUGAGAUGGGCUAAGAAGUCGAGAAAGGCCAAAUUGAAUGAACUCAGAUUAUAUCGGUUAAAGGCCAAGAAGAAGAUUAAUUCUCCAAAUCCUGAAGUUAGGAUAAGAUAUAAGCUAGAAAAGGCCAAGAGAAAGGAGGCCUGGUUAAUUGAGAAGCUGAGGAAAUAUGAUGUUCCGAAAGCACCAGUUGAAACCUAUGAUCCAGAAAUUCUAACUGAGGAAGAGAAGCACUACUUAAAGCGCACCGGUGAGAAGAAAAGGAAUUAUGUUCCCGUUGGAAGGCGAGGAGUAUUUGGUGGGGUGGUUCUGAACAUGCACCUCCAUUGGAAGAAGCAUGAAACUGUGAAGGUCAUAUGCAAACCUUGUAAGCCCGGACAGAUCCAUGAAUAUGCUGAAGAGCUUGCUCGACUUAGCAGAGGAAUUGUGAUUGACAUAAAGCCCAAUAAUACUAUAAUUUUCUAUCGUGGAAAAAACUAUGUACAACCAGAAGUAAUGUCCCCACCUGAUACCUUAUCUAAAGCUAAGGCCCUGGAGAAGUACAGAUAUGAGCAGUCCCUUGAACAUACGAGUCAGUUCAUUGAAAAGUUGGAGAAAGAAUUGGAAGAGUACCAUGAACACCUCGCUCGGUAUAGGAAAGAGAAAGAACAGGCCGCUCCUGUUUCUGGGGUUAAUAGUUGAUGCAUAACCGCCAUGGUUGCAAGUUUCAUCAGAUUAAUAGUUUGGGAUAGAUGGUUUCCUAUGAAUUCAACACUAAUGACUCUGGGGGCAGAUUCGCUUGGAAUCAGACAGAUUUCAGAGGUUUCAGCUGGAGCGCAAUGUACAUAGCCUUUUUGCAGCAUCAUCAUUGCGAGCAUCCAGCAUCAUGAAGUGUCCUACACACUGGAGCUUCUCCAUGCCCAUUUUUUGAUGCUCCAAUAGUAAUGUCAUAUCAGACAGACGUCGAUCUUCUUCCCCACUGCAGAACUUGUAUUUACAUCUCUGGACAAUGUUAUUUCAACUUGCAGAUAAUUGAAACUCUGCAAUUUAAAGCAAAAAUGCACGUGAUUGAUAAAAA